AUGAUGGCCGCUCAUUUCAUACCACAGAUAGUUCCGUCUUCGGGCUCUGACGACGCUUCCCCACUUCCUUCGCUUUCCAGUCUAGCCCGCACCGGCUCAUCGCGCCCGGAUUGCACUGUCGAAGAAGAAUUUCCGAAACAAAGCCGUCGUGGCUCAAUCUUGAAAAAGCUGGCGGGUCCACGUGAGAACGCGAAGCGCUUUCUUCGCUUACGAUCGUCGGGGAUUCAAACGUCUGCCCCGCAAACUGUUCCUCCGCGCAGACGCCCGCGCCCAAUCUCAGAAAUUAUUCUCUCGCCUAGACUUGCACUUGACCUUCCACCAGACGAGUUCCAGGAAGACUACGUGGAUCACGAAGCCGAAGUAAUGACGCAGGCCAUUCCUCGGACAGUCGCUGCUCAAGCCAACGCUGUCCCUGAACUUUCCACGCCUUUCCCUCCCAUCCGCAACGAGCGAAUCGUCGCGACGGGCAGCGGCCUCACUGUUGGUAUUGCGCUCACCGAGCCGGUCCUCUAUCUCCAAGGGUACGACCAGCACGACCCAAGCACCAAGAAGUCCGCAAUUCUGCGAGGGCAAAUCCACCUCAAGGUGACGAAAUGUGUGAAGAUUAAGAAAAUCUCGAUUUGUUUCCGGGCUCACGCCCAGACGGAUUGGCCAGAUGGUAUCCCGCCGAAGAAGAUCCAUUUCCAUGAUAAAAAGGAUCUUUUUACGCACGGGGUCGUUUACUUCAACCACGGCGAAACUGCAUUGAUGCCAAAUGACUACGGGGCGCAUUAUUAUCAGCAUGCGAAUCCCGUUGCAGCCGUGACCGGGAAGGAUGCAGUCACGGCAACCAGUCGAGAACUUUUCGCUAAAAGUGGCUCAGCGACCUCUCUUAAUCCGAUUACUGGCAGAGACCCACGACGACUCUCCGUCCAGACUACCCGAGGCCAUUCACGAAGCUUUAGCAGGAAUGAGCCGCCUACAAGUGGCCAGGGCCAGCAACAACGCAACUAUCGCAUGUUCCCCGUCGGCGACUAUCUUUAUAGCUUCGAAUUCCCAAUCGAUGGCUCUCUGCCCGAGACUAUCAAAACUGACCUAGGAUACGUUCGCUACGACCUAGAGGCUAUCGUUGAGCGAUCCGGCGCGUUUCGCCCGAACCUGCUAGGAAAUCUUGAAAUCCCGGUAAUUCGUACACCGGCAGAAGGCUCUCUGGAGCAAGUUGAGCCGAUUGCGAUUUCCAGAAACUGGGAAGACCAGCUUCAUUAUGAUAUUGUAAUCUCUGGGAAAUCUUUCCCCCUGGGCUCACAGAUUCCCAUCGCAUUCAAACUAACGCCGCUCGCGAAAGUGGAAUGCCACCGCAUUAAGGUUUAUGUGACAGAAAAUGUUCAGCAUUGGACCUCAGAUAAGAGCGUUCACCGCUUGCAACCGGCAAAGAAAGUACUCCUAUUCGAGAAACGCGCCGAAUCGGCCAGCACAAGUACCUACCCGGGCAGCUCCAUGCGGGUCCUUGCAGGCGGGGGAAUUGACUGGGACCAUCGUGCUGCAGCUGCAAGAGGCGAGGAAAAUGUGGAUCGCAACCGAACCAACCUGCUGGGUAAUCUUUCUAGCGAGUCGGGGGUCGGCCCAACCGAAAUGGAAUUUAGUGUGCAACUGCCCAAGUGUCAUGAAAUGAAGGGUCGAGAUGAGGCGCAGCGUUUACACUUCGACACCACUUAUGAGAAUAUCCAAAUCAAUCACUGGAUCAAGAUCGUCCUGCGGUUGUCCAAGCUUGAUGAGAGAGACCCCACCAAACGCCGCCAUUUUGAAAUCUCCAUCGACUCUCCGUUUCAUAUUCUUUCCUGCAAGGCGACACAGGCCAACAUUUACCUGCCCGCCUACUCACGACCCUCUAGCGACCCUGAUCCACCUGCCCAAGAGACGGAGUGCGGCUGUCCCGAUGCGCCAUUAGCAUCACGAGAGCAUGCCGCUCCGUCAAAUGCCGACCGCGAGGACUCCUCCGCAAAUCUCCAACGCCGAGCAUCUAUCGGCCAGCCCGUCACGCGAAGUUUUACCAGCGGAUCGGGUGGUCUUGCACGUCCUCUGCAAGCCCACAUCGCCCAUGAACCCAGUGGUCCUCAUGCUCAAAAUAUACCGCGGCCAAUGCACCUUCUGCGGGCUCCGUCUUUCGCCCCGCCACCUUUUGACGAUGUGCCUCCUCCACCUCCCCUUGUGACGCCUCCGCCAGACUAUACCUCGAUUGUUGGCAAUGGAGAUCGCGAAGCUAUAUUAGAGGACUAUUUCUCUCGCCUAUCCUACUAUAACAAUGAAGAGCACGAUGAUGAGGAACGCGGCCUUGGACGCGUGGAUGUCCCGCUCACUCCUGGCGGCCGUGUCAAUCGCAGCAUGGAUGUGCCUCGAGAGUGGGUUCGUAUCGACGAUUUCACAGUUUCGUGA